AAUUGGUAAUCGUUUAUCUCCUAUUUUCCAAGACAAAGUACCAAACACAGAAUAUAACAAAAAGUCUGUAGUCUACUUUCAUUGCAACUUCAAACUCGUAUCUCUCCAUAUUUAUCUGGGGUUCUGGCUUAUAACAAUCGCGGGGUGGCGGCACUCCUAUCGCUUGAAAUUUGAUGGAAUCAUCAAGUACCUAUCGACCACCACCGCCUGCCGCUGAUUGUCAGGAGCAUCAUGUAGCAGCUGCAAUUGAGGAUUUUGAAACAAUUUGCUGGGGUUGUGGCUUGCGGCUUAUCGUUCCAUCUCAUGCAUCCGCUUAUAUAUGUGGUUGGUGUGGAGCUAUAAGUAACAAGACGACCAGUAAAAAAGAUAACAAAUAUUUCUGGUGUAGACGUUUGCAAGACCGUUGUUUUGUCUGCCUCCUCAUUGUAUUUAUGCUCUUCUUGAUAUGUGGCGGUCUGUGGGCAAUAUAUCCAGUUGUUUUUUCCAUCAAUUUUUCUUUUGGCGUUUUUAACUGCUUCAUAGCAACAAUUUUGUCUGUAAGCACUAUUUCUAUGUACUGCUUUUCGGCAUUCCGGUCUGCUGGUUCUCCACCAAUUAUACCAUGGGGUAGCUAUCCUGCAGUUGGAAGAGGCGAUCUUGCAAAAUAUACGUUCUGUAGCUUUUGUUCAAAGCCAAAGUCUCCUAGGACUCAUCACUGUAGAUCAUGUGGAAAGUGUGUAUUGGACAUGGAUCAUCACUGCCCUUUUAUUGGUAACUGUGUAGGGGCUGCAAAUCAUCGAAGCUUCAUAUUAUUCCUCAUAUCAGCAGUGAUGAGUACUAUAUAUAUUUCCAUAAUAUCUGCGUACGCAGCCACCAAGAUUUGGCCAUCGCUAGAUUUCAGAUCUACACAUCUUAGCGACUUAGCUAGAAAAAACUUUGUUUUUGGGACUUUGAAGGGAGUUAUUUUUGCUUUCUUGAGAUCCGCAGUGUUUAUAUCCCCAAGAGGCGUGGUUCUCGUUUACCUAUUCAUUGCAAGUGUUGCACUGCAGAUUGGAUUAAGCGUCCUUCUCUGGCAGCAACUGUAUUUCAUAUACGAAGGAAAGACGUACUUGAGUAAUUUAAAGUCACAAUCCCUCGAAGAUGGAAUUGGUAACGAGGUCGAAGAAAAAGAUCUUCGAAAUAUUAUACGCUUCUUCGACUGCCCCUCUUCUGCAUCAAGAGUUCUUCAAAGUCUUUGGAGUACGAGGAAGAAACACAAGAAGUGAAUCCUAGAAGAGUUUCAUGUACACCUUUUUUAGAAGGUUUCUCUAAACACCAUUUUAAUGGAGGAUCUGUACAUUUGUUGUAGCAUAGCAAUAAACGAGCUUUUAGAAUCAGAAGCAAAACAUGGAGAUAUUACAGAAAUGUGCACCUUAUGCAUAUUAUUUGUUUUUCACAGAA